GUAACACUAACUUCUAAAUAGUAAUGGUGGAAAGGACAUUAUAAACAUUACACAAAUGGAUACGAAAGGAUGCAUUUCAUUUUUAUCAGAACUUUGGUUUGUUCUACACAUUCAGUCUGUGAGUGCUGAUUGCACGUUUGAUAGUAGCUUUGUUGGAUCAUGGACGAGUAACGAUUACGAGACAAUAACCGUCUCUAGUAGCAUAUUAACAUUAGGGAGUCAUACAUUCAAUAUAAACGGAAAGACUACAUCCGACUGGACGUGUCAUGAUAAUUCCACAGAGCCGUAUGUUAUUUUAAGGUCUGAAAUAUUUGAACUAUAUAAGUCUGAGUCCGUUGCUUAUAUCUGCAUGGAGGCAACAACAGUCAAUAAUAAUAGCUAUUACUUCUAUAUGAAUUCUCCAAAAAAUAUUUUUAUAGGUAGUGAACGAAUACAUAUAUUUGGAACAGCAUCAAAUUCAACGGGAAAUGCAACAGAAAUUUGCACAGAAACACCAUCAAAGGCAGAAUUUAUAAGCAUUGUCAGGACAGGAUAA